CACACCUGUGUCGUGUUCUCGUGUAGUGUGUCGUGCACAUCUGUCUCACCCGUGUACACAGAUACUGUGUGUUGUUAUCGUUGUUGUGGGUACCAGCGAGCACUGACUGAAUACUUUUUGUUACAAUCUAGAAGGUUCCGUGAACUAUGGGUCAUCGGGUGAAGCUCGCCUGAUGGAUGCGGGAUGUCGCUCUCCAAGGAUGUUGAGUCCAAGAAAAAACACACGGUGAAGUCUGGACCUAAACACCACAUCAACAGUCAUACUAAAGGGGAAGUAACCUAUGAGGGGGAUGGUCAGCUGCACAGUGAGGUCCACCUAGAAGAGCCAGCCAUGCGUGGAAUGAGAGAGCUAGUGGACGUUUGCCAGCAGCUUGGUGUUGGAGCUUCUGGAGCUCUCACCCAAGCAGAGUUUAAAAAAGUUUUUGCUUAUAUUGGCAUGGGCAACAUCAGAGACAGAGAACUGUCCGACCUGUUCACAAAGCUGGACACUAACAAAGAUGGCUAUGUUUCCCUGUCUGAACUGGUCAGUGGCCUGCCCAAAAAUGCAGUGCUCCAUUCUCCCAGGCCCAGCAGCAGCUCUGUGCCCAGAACCCCACGGGCACCUCGCCCCAGUUCUCACCCCAGGGCUCAGGGGGAGGACAUCAGCCCACCCAGCUUGAUACACUUUUCUAGUGAGGAUACUAAGGGAAUUUUUUCGGCCUUAGACUCCAACAAUGGAGGAAUAACAAAUGCUGAUGAUGUGAUUGACUUGUGGGAGAGCUUAGGUGUGACUAAUGGGCCCAUGGUGUUGUCUACGCUCGGCUUUGAUCCCAAAGGCCAUAUUAAAUUAAGUGACCUGACAACAGUAUUACACCAUGAGCUGACCAACCCUGAAGCCCAAGACUGGAUCAAGCAUGUAGCUCUGGUCUCUUAUCAACAGGAAGUCCAGCAUCUCAAGUCAGCACUUGAGCAAGAAAGAGAAGAAAAUAAAAAACUUCAUCUAGAUUUGUCAGAGUCAAACGCUCGCAACUCAAUGUUGGCCAGAGAAGUGGAUGAAAGACAGAUACAUUUAGAUAAGUCGUGGGAGUCUAGAAUGAUUGACACCCUAGGAAAUAUCAAAGACACUUACUGGACAGUAGAAAAAAAGUACCAGGACCAGGUGAAGGCCAUACAAGCAGAGCUGGACAAUGAGAGGAGGAGCUGUGCUGCCCAGGUGUCCCGCCUCAAGUCACAGCUGGACGACAUCCAGAACAGGUCCAACAAAGAUGAGCAGAUCAUCUCAGAGAGGUUGUCACAGGAUCAGAAGGAAAUAGCAAGACUGGAGAGAGAGCUAGUGGAAGCCUGCAAUAAAGUCAAUGUUCUCAUGAAGCAAAAUGAUAACUUGAAGCAAGACAUUCGCCAAAAGCUUCAUCCAGUCAGUGACUCACCUGAGGUCAACUCACAGAAACAGGAACUGCUGGAACUAAGGCAGCAACUGGCCAUCAAACAGGCAGAAAUUAUGAGGCUGAAAGAUGAGAAUGAUGAACUGAUGCUUCAACUUGAAGACACAGCACAAAAACUACAAGCUGCCAUCAAACGCCAGGACACUGUUAUUGGCCCAACAUCUGAAGCUGUAGCCCAGUCUAGUUUUCCUCUACUGCAUGGAGAAGAGACCAGAGCCACCACUUUGAAGAAGGAGCUUCAGCAAGGUGAAAUGGAGGCCAGGUUUGACAGAGAGAAGAGAGACAUGGAGCUCAGGUUCAGGGCAGAGUUGUCUAACUUACAGGACAAGCACAACAAUGACACAAAAAUCUUAGUGGAGAACUUUCAAAAAGAAAAGGAACAGCUUGUGAAAGAGUUGACAGCAGACAAGAACUCAGCUCUGGUGCAACAGUACAAUGAUUUACAAUCUACAAGGGACAAGCAAGAGUAUCAGCAAGAUACAAAUGUUCAGAAAAAUGAGCAGGGAGUUAAAUCUAGAAAAGAGGGCACCAAUCUGCUGAUGGCUGACCCUAACAAUGACCACGUGAUAGAUGUUGUACACAAACUAGAAUCCCAGCUUGCCAGGUGUCACCAUGACCUACGUCUUCUGGAAAACCAGAAAUCCAAUUUUGAGCUGCAGCUAAAAGAACAAGAAGAGGCCUUGAGACGGGAGUUUGAGCAGGAAAAAGAAGUUCUGGCUCUCCACUUCUCUAGGGAGUUGGACCAGUGUCAGAUGCAGCACAGCCUACAGUUGCAACACAUUUUUGACACUGGUUAUGAAGGCUUGACUGGCAAACUGAGGGAUGAUUUUCUCUUGCUGGUUGAAAGAUACACAGGAGAUGAAGUCGGGAGGUCACAGGCUGCAAUUUUAGCUCAACUUCAAAAAGAUCGCAACAGGGUGGUAGCCGCUUUAGAAAAGGAAAGACAACUAUUGCGUGAAGAAAUGGAGUUUGAAAAGCUAGAACUUAUAGAAAGGUAUGAAGUAAAAAUAGUUUCUUUAAAAGAAGAGCUAAACCAAACUCGUGCCAGGAUGGAGAAAGAGAAGAAAAUCAUCACAGAAAUGUCACUGAGAAGCUACAACGCUAAACAGCAGAGGUUGUCCCAAGAUGUGCAAAAGAUGAAAACAGAGAUUGAGGAUGACCUGACAUAUGAGUUAGAACAAAUCAAAGAAAGUUUUGAAAUUGAGAAAGCAAGCCUAAAGAAACAGAUUGAGUUACUGGAAGAAAAAUUGAUGGUUUUGAAAGAAUCACAGAAAAAGAAAUCUUUUGAGAUAGAAGCUCUAAAGACAACUUUUGUCUUUGUGCAGGGAGAUAGGGAACAACUGGAGAAAGAAAAGCUGGAGCUUAAAGCAGCCAUUGAGGCCAUGAAAGUGAACUUGUUGAAAGUCUACCAGCAGAAAGGCCUGGAGAACGUCAACUUCGAGGUGCGCAUGCUGCAUAAAAGAGAAAAAGAAUGCCAGGAUGCCAAGGAAGAGGGUUUUCUUAUUGGAAAGGAUGAAGGAUUAUCAGAGGGCAGGAAGCUGGGAUAUGAAGAGGGCUACAAGCAGGGACAUAACUCUGGGCACAAGCAAGGAUAUUCACUGGGCAUUAAGGAAGGUUAUGACAAGGGCUACAGUCAAGGAAAGAAAGCUGGACUGGAGGAAGGAAAGAGUGGAGGGGGAGAGGAAGGGAGAGCUGCUGUCCAGGAGGAAGAGGUCAAAAAAGAAAUUAAAGGUGACCUAAAAAGUUUCAAGAGGGAAAUAAAAGUAGGUCAUGAAGAGGGACACCAGCUGGUCAAUACACAUGCACAUGAUGACACGGGUGAGGGAAAUCUGAAGGGCAAAGGGCAAGGUUAUACUGAAGAAAAGAAACAUGGACUGGAUGAAGGCUUUAAACAAGAUAAGAAACAUGGACUGGAAGAAGGCUUUAAACAAGAUAAGAAACAUGGACUGGAAGAAGGCUUUAGACAAGAUAAGAAACAUGGACUGGAAGAAGGCUUUAAACAAGAUAAGAAACAUGUACUGGAAGAAGGCUUUAAACAAGAUAAGAAACAUGGACUGGAAGAAGGCUCUAUUGAAGAUAAGAAACAUGGACUGGAUGACUAUACAGAAGAUAAGAAACAUGGACUGGAAGAAGGCUAUACAGAAGGAAAGAAACAUGGACUGGAAGAAGGCUAUACAGAAGGAAAGAAAGAUGGACUGGAGGAAGGUUAUACAGAAGGAAAGAAACAUGGACUGGAGGAAGGCCACAAAGAAGGAAAGAAACAUGGAUUGGAUGAAGGUUACAACUUAGGUAAAGAUGAUGGAACUAAAACAGGAUAUGAAGAGGGUUACAAUUUAGGUAAAGUAGAUGGAUUUGAUGAUGGAUAUAGCAAGGGGAAAACAGAUGGACUGGAAGAAGGCUUUUUGAAAGGGAAGAAAGAUGGCCAUGAUGAGGGCUAUAGUGAAGGCAAAAAAGACAGGUAUAAACAAGAAUACAAUGAAGGGAAAAAAGUUGGCUUUGAUGAAGGUUAUACUAAAGGCAAGAUGGAUGGCCAUGCUGAAGGUUAUGAAAAGGGCAAAUUGGAUGGCCAUGAUGCAGGUUAUGAAAAGGGCAAAUCUGAUGGCCGUGAUGAAGGUUAUGAAAAGGGCAAAUUGGAUGGCCAUGAUGAGGGUUUUGAAAAGGGCAAAUCUGAUGGCCAUGCUGAAGGUUAUGAAAAGGGCAAAUUGGAUGGCCAUGAUGAGGGUUUUGAAAAGGGCAAAUCUGAUGGCCAUGCUGAAGGUUAUGAAAAGGGCAAAUUGGAUGGCCAUGAUGAGGGUUUUGAAAAGGGCAAAUUGGAUGGCCAUGAUGAGGGUUUUGAAAAGGGCAAACUGGAUGGUUAUGAUGAAGGUUAUGAGGUUGGAAAGAAUGAAGGUUUUGAUGAAGGCUAUGUAAAGGGCAAAUCAGAUGGCCAUGAUGAAGGAAAAACAGGUGGAUAUGAAGAAGGCUACAUUGAUGGGAAGAAAGAUUCUUAUGAAGUUGGCAAGAUUGAGGGCUAUACUCAAGGAGAAAUUGAUGGUAGAAAUAAAGGGUUUGUGGAUGGUAAAAAUGAUGGCUUGAAAGAAGGAUAUAGCCUAGGAGAGCAAGAAGGGCAAAUUGAAGGGUUUAAGGAAGGGAAAAGGGAAGGCUACCAAGAAGGCUACAGUGAAGGUAAUAAAGAUGGCUACGAAGAAGCCUACAAUCUUGGCAAAAAUGAUGGACGCAGUGAAGCACAUGAACAAGGUAAAGCUGAUAAAGAAACAAUGUUCAAUGAUGCUUAUAAUAAGGGGUUUACUGAAGGAAAGGAAGAAGGCUUUGAUGAAGGAAAGAAAGAAGGCUUUGAUGAAGGAAAGAAUGAAGGGUAUGAAGAAGGGUAUGAAGAAGGAAAGAAAGAUGGAUUUGAUGAAGGAAUGAAAGAAGGUUUUGAUGAAGGAAUGAAGGAAGGGUAUGAAGAAGGAAAGAAAGAUGGAUUUGAUGAAGGAAUGAAGGAAGGGUAUGAAGAAGGAAAGAAAGAUGGAUUUGAUGAAGGAAUGAAAGAAGGUUUUGAUGAAGGAAAGAAAGAAGGCUUUGAUGAAGGAAUUAAGAAAGGCUUUGAUGAAGGAAAGAAAGAAGGCAUUGAAGAAGGCAUUAAGAAAGGCUUUAAUGAAGGAAAGAAAGAAGGCUUUGAUGAAGGAAAGAAAGAAGGCUUUGAUGAAGGAAAGAAAGGCUUUGAUGAAGGAAAGAAAGAAGGCUUUGAUGAAGGAAAGAAAGAAGGAUUUGAUGAAGGAAUUAAGAAAGGCUUUGAUGAAGGAAAGAAAGAAGGCUUUGAUGAAGGAAAGAAAGAAGGUUUUGAUGAAGGAAAAAAGGAAGGGUAUGAUGAAGGAAAGAAAGAAGGCUUUGAUGAAGGAAUUAAGAAAGGCUUUGAUGAAGGAAAGAAAGAAGGCUUUGAUGAAGGGUAUAAAAAUGGAAUAAAUAAUGGACAUAAAAAUGGAGAAAAGGAAGGUUAUGAAAAUGGAAGUAAAAAGGGUUUUGAUGAAGGAAAGAAAGAGGGGUAUGAAAAUGGAUUGGAAGAGGGAUUUGAAAAUGGAAAGAAACAAGGCUAUGAAAUAGGAUUGAAGGAAGGAUACAAUAAUGGAAAGAAGGAAGGAUACGAAGAGGGACAUGAAAAUGGAUUGAAGGAUGGAGUUGAAAGAGGUAUGAAGGGGGGAUAUGAUGAAGGAUAUAAAAUUGGAAUGAAUGAUGGACAAGAAAAAGGAAGGAUGGAAGGAUAUGAAAAUGGAAAAAAUGAUGGCUUUGUUGAAGGGUAUACUAAAGGAGAAAAGGAAGGAUCGGCAGAGAGGCAUGAAGAUGGAAUGAAAGAUUUACAUGAAAAGAAAAAGAUUUCUUAUGAUGAAGGAUAUGAAAAUGGACAAAAAGAUGGAUAUGAAAAAGGUCAAAAAGAUGGUCUUGAUGAAGGACAAAAAGAUGGAUAUGAAAACGGACAAAGAGAUGGAUAUGAAAAAGGACAAAAAGAUGGAUAUGAAAAAGGACAAAAAGAUGGAUAUGAAAAAGGACAAAAAGAUGGUCUUGAAGAGGGAUACAAUAAAGGAAAGAAAGAUGCUUUAAAUGAAAAUAUUAAAUUCAACGAACACUUACAAAAUGAGCUCAAAGCGCUGGAGCAUGAAAAGUUUGUGCUUGAAGGCAGACUGCGACAAGAGAAGGAAAAAUCCAACAAAAUUAGUCAGGAAACAGAGGAUCAGGAAAAACUCAAGACAUCCCUGUACCUCAUGAUGGGAGAAAAACAUGCCUUGGAGGCCAAGAACCAGGAGCUGAACAAAGCCUUGGUUGAGCAGCACAAGGCUGAGCAGCAGAAGCUGGUAGAAAAAAUCCAGGAACUUGAGGCCCAGAAGGCUGUAGCUCAGUCAGACAAGAAGGCUGUGGAGGAGCACAUGGAGGCUGUACACCAGGAGAUUGAGCUGGCCAAGCAGGAAAUCAAUGAGGAGAUGUACCAGAGUCUUGGCAGGAACCUGGAGUCUGGUAUUGAUUUAUCUAAUGGACAAAGUGCCCUUGAACAGCAAAUUCUGCUGCUAAAUCACCAAUUACAGGAAGCGCAAAAAGCACAGAAUGACCUUGAACUUCUUAAAAAUGAUGUUGACAUUAUGUCUGAAGAAAAGAAAGAAUUAGAGGCAGUAGUUAAAAAAUUAAAAAGUAAAAUCUUAAAAGACGAGCAAGCAAAGUUCAAAUCACAAAAGGAUGAAAUCCAACAUUUAAAUGGUGAAAAACAGAAAUUACAAGACCUUUUAGACAAAGCAUCAAAUGAGCUAAUGAAAGCAAGCUCAGCUAUGGCACUGAGCCAAUCAAAAUCAGUCAAAGAACUGGAGCAGUUGAAACAGAAAGCUCGCUCUAUGGUUGACAUUGAAAGGUACACUCAGUUACAGAUCAGCUUGGUUCAACACCAGAGAGAGGCCUUGGGUUUACAGGAUGCUAUCAGAGAACAUGAAAAUCUAGUGGAGAAGAUUAUCAAAGAGGGAGAAAAAGAAGUCUUGGCAGUAACAGGCAUCAUGGAGGAUAAGGUUAAGGAGCUGGAAAAUGAAUUACACCACAGUCAGGAACAAUUUAAAAACCUAAAUGACAAAUAUAACCAAAUGUGUUCAACAAGCAAGCGCAGGAAUCUAGUGCUGAAAGAUUUGUACGUGGAGAAUUCCAACCUGAUGAAAAAUUUAGCUUAUAGUGAAGAGAGGAGACGAUAUGCAGAAAGAAAUGAGAGGAAACUUUCAGAAAAAUGUGAUUCUUAUAAGAGAACUUUAGAAAAACUACACCUAAGCCUAGCUAGAUGAAGCUGACUGAAACAGACCUGUCCACUUGCAUUUACUUGACUAUUUUAAACACAUUUAUUUGCACUCAGAUUUUUUAUUAAUUUUUUUUUCACCUCUUCAGUUAUGUAUUUAUAAAAGAAAUACAUAAACUUUGAGAUAAAAUACACAUGAAAAUUGGCAACCAGUCCUUAUAUUGGUUGAAGUUUUGUUUCUGUAUUUUUUCAUUUUGUAUAAACCUUAAAGUGUGAGCAUGUACAAAUGUAUUUAACUAAAUGAUAAAGCAAUUGAAUGUACUUGUUAUUUCCCCACAUACAAUUUAUUGUUUUCUGAAUACAUUCCAUAUUUUAUGUAUUUCCUACCAAAUAUUUUUCUACCACUGUGAUAACCCUAUGUUCCCUUUUGUCUCAUACAAAUAUUUUAUUACAAAUGUUAUUGUUCAAAUUAAAAUGGUUUAACAC